CAAACAUACAAAAAGUUCCCAACGCCUUUUUGACGUGCAACUGCUUGGAAGCAGUACCGCUGGGUCCAUCUUGCGGCUGAAAUAUGCCGCCUUCAGACGUCUAGAUGGCAUCGUUUGUUCCUUAUACCUACAUACAAUGUCCCUGUAACGAUUCGGCCAUCCACACCCGUUCCGCAGAUGGUAGCUCCUCUCCCUCCUCUCGUGGUUCGCCUGACGAUGAUGACGAGCGCCCAUUCGACCCGCGCUCGCCACGGUCAAAUUACAGCUUAUAUCCUCUAGAUUAUCUGCUGUAUUGCGACGUCUGCCACCAAAUACGCUGCCCGCGAUGUGUUGCCGAAGAGCUUGUGACCAUAUACUGUCCCAACUGUCUCUUCGAGGUCGGGAGUAGUAGUAUCAAGACUGAGGGGAACAGAUGUACACGUAGUUGUUUCCAGUGCCCAGUAUGUAUAGGACCUCUGGCCGUUCAGUCCCUCGAAACCGCACCCGAACCAUCUCUCUUAACUGCCGAGAGCGCGAGUGCCUCACCUCCAUCUGGUCCGUGGAUUCUAGCCUGCUCAUACUGCAACUGGAAUUCGGCAGAGAUAGGUGUCAAAUUCGACAAGCCGCAGGGUAUAUUCUCCCAACUCUCUAAACUGCGCCACGGCGAGGAUCAUUCUAAACACUCUUCGGCCGGCGAUGUUUCCCCCAAGAAAGGCGACACAGUCCCUGAUACCGCCUCGGCAAGAUUCGCUGCUAUGAAGUCAUUCUACAAUGCUCAGAAUAACACGAAUUCGCCCAAUUCGAGUAGCUUGUCUAACCUCAUGGACUACGGCCUGGGCUCGCCCGGCGCUCUUACGCGAAUCAUGAACUUGUACUCGGGCAACAAUAUAGGCGGCCUUGGCAAAAACAAGGCCAAGUCGAGCGUGAUGCGGGAAGCAGACUCGGCGAGCGAGGGCUUUCAUGUCGCCGACCUCGACGACAGCGCCGCCAUCUCAAAAUUGCGCCGCGAAGGGUGGAACGGAACCGUCACAAAUAGUCAAAAUAAAUUACAGGUUGAGGAAGGUGCCCGGUUCGCCGACGAACUGUGGCCGAUCCCGUACCUCCUACGUACGAAGCGCUCAAAGCGAUGUCCCGUAUGCCGACACAUCAUCAGCAAACCGGAGUCCAAGGUCGGCAAUACCCGAUGGCGUAUCCGGCUCGUCGCCAACAACAGCAUCCCCUCUAUCUCCAUCAAGCCGCUCAACCCCGCGCCCUCCACGCCGGGGACUUCAGAUCUCCUAGUACCCCUCCAACCCGCGCAGUUCCUCCUGACCUUCAAGAACCCCAUGUUCGAGGAGAUCAAAGUCACGCUCGCGACGCCGGCCACCACGCCGGGACGCUUCGCGUCGAGGGUCACGGUGCUGUGCCCCGAGUUCCACAUCGACGCCAACACCGACACGGACAUGUACCUGGACGACGUGCUGAAGGACGGCGACAAGGGCGCGGGGAAGAAGCGGGGCGACGAGAGCACGUCGCAGCAGGCGGAGGCGGGCAAGAUAUGGGAGCGGGGCCGGAACUGGGUCAGCAUCGUGGUGGAGGUGAUACCCGCGUCGAUCCGCGCGGAGCUGGAUCGGGGCGCGCUGAGGGAGGACGAGGAUAUACUGGAGAUACCCAUGCUUAUACGGUUGGAAUGGGAAGGCGACGUGUCGCAGGAUCAGGUGGGCGCCGCGGCCGGCGGCAAGGAAAAGGAUACAAGAGAGAAGAAGGAACUGGCGUACUGGUGCGCCAUCGGCAUUGGUCGGAUCAGUCAGGAAUAGCUAGAGAGAAUCUACGAUACCCCCUCACGAAGGCACAUACACAUAAACGAGCAUGAACAGGAACCACGAGUUGAUAAUGAAAAGCAAAGAAAAAAAAAUAACAAACGACAGAAACAGUUCAUUAAGUGUGAUAUCAAUGUCAUCAGAAAACCAGCUUGUCAAUUAAGUCCACAAGCUAUCUAGACGCCGUGCCAGUAAUGUAGUUAAUUUUUUGGCCCACCGGAUUUUGCCAUGCUAUUCAUUCCAUGAAAAGACGAUGCCAAACUCUCUCUCUCUCUUUCCCAUUUACCAGCCCACAUAACGAUCCGAUCCGUUUCAACCCUUAGUACUCAAGGGCGCCGGUCGGGGGGAACUCGAAGGUGACGGUUCGGCCCGUCAGGCGGCGGUAGACCUCGGCGUAGGUGUCGAGUCUGUAGUCAACGCCACCACGCUCCUUCUCGUCGAGGAUGACCUUGAGGAGCUUGCUCUGGUCUUCCUUGGUGCGCAGACGCUUGCCGACGAUCUCGACGGGGUAGACGAGGUCAGUAAGGAUGGCGUCGUGAACGGCAGUCAGGGUUCGCGAGCGGGGUCGC